UCAGAGAAGCGAUGGUUUUGUUUAAUUUACUGCCAUUUUAUUCAUACAUCAAAACUAAUGAAUUUCUAUACGUUUUAGUGUUUAUAUUGUUUAUAUCAAUACUCGUUGUGUUUCUCAAAAGAAUGGAUGCGUUGGGCAACGGAUCCUCUGUUCACCUAAACCGGGAACAAAUGGGCGCCCAAUCGAUGGUUCGCCUCCAGAAUCCCUUUAUGUUUAAGAUAUGCGACGAAUCUCUUCGUUACGACAAUUACCGAAAUGGUGUCAAACUGUGCAUCACUUGCGACAACUCCUUCUGGGUGUUCGCCUAUUGGGCCGUCGAUAUCGAGGACUUGCACUACACUUUGCAAGAAGAGUGGCAGCCAUUGAGACAACAGUUGUUGGACCACAAGUUCAUUGCCAAUCACUAUCUGUUCCGAAGCGAACCCGAACUAUACUAUGAGACCAGUGAAGAGAUCAUACAUUGGGUCAAACCUCCCACCGAUUACUUCAGCGGCGAAAGUCUUGGAUAUAACCCGCGAACGCGUUAUCCAUUAGUUGUCCUAAUAGUCCGCAACGAUGAUGACGAUGGCGUCGAAGUGAAUGAUAACGAUGUGGUGUGUAUGAUUUCGAUAAUCCAUUUGAAGGACUCGUUCUGUUCGACGACAACAUCACUGAUCACUCAGUAUCUGAAGCAACGGUCGGGACAUAUGUUUGAUUUGAAGCAAUUGUUUGCACCGCAAAGCGAUGUCGAGCCCCGAAGCAGUCAAUUCUGUGUCGUAUGUCAGACCAGUUUGGUAUCGCACGCACUGCUCCCGUGCCGUCACACCUGUCUCUGCGGCCAAUGCCUGCAACGGGUGGACAAGUGUCCAGUUUGUCGGUCGCCAUUCACCUCAUACUUCAGGGUUAGAGACGAUGAGUUUGACGCUGAAGACAGCGAACCCGAAGAGGCGUCCGGAACACGAAGCAGCACCGGUUGGUUCACAUCAAUCAAUAGUAAACUGAAUCAUUGGUUGGGAAUGAACUGAUCCACGGAU